AUGAGCGAGCCGUCGCUGUGGGGCAGGCUCCUGAAGCUGCUGCAGCGUACUCUACGCGAUGCUGCAGCUGCUUCACUGCGGCGGGUGGUGCUGGGGUCUCUGUUGAAGCACCUGAGUAAGCAGCAGCUGGAUGUGGCGGUGCGAGGGGGCGAAGUAUGUCUCCUAUCUGUAGACAUAGAGACGGGUCCUCUUAAUGAGGCUCUUCAAGCUGCAGGCUGGGGCUUCUUGGCGGUGGUUAGCUGCCACGUAGAGUGCAUCAGUCUCAAGUUGCCCCUCACCCUCAAAAUCUUCAGGCCAGCCAUCGCUCUGCGCUUUCGAGGGCCCCCACAGUCUCUGGCAAGCCACUGCCUCCCGUAUGCCCCGCCUUAUACUUCAGUCCAACAAGCUGCAGCUACUGCAGCUGCUGCAGCAGCCACUGCAGCGGAUGCAGAAGCCCCGGCAGCAGCAAAGUACCUGCACCAACGAAAUCCCCAACACUCCCAGGGACACUCCACAACGGAGCCCGGCAACACAGGGGGAGUGCAAGGAGAUGCCCAAACGUCAGAAGAGAACUUGCGCCUGGGGUCCUUGAGUGGUGGCUUAUCGGCUGCUGCUGAGGCGGCAGCAGCACAAGCAGCAGUAGCAGCAACGGCGACAGCGGCAGCAGCAGGCAGAGAGCCUGUGGGUGGCAGCACAUGUGUGCAGGGCACGCAGCAUGCGCAGCAGAAUGAGCGAAGUAAUUUGAUUGGAGGCCCUUUCUCUGUGGGAUCAGUGGGGCCUCCUGAGGUCUGCCUGGGGGCCUCCAGGGGCUCCGAGUGGGGGGCCCCUGCAGGAGCCCCCUUGGGGGCUCCAGGAGGGUGCGGGGGUCCCCUGCCUGCGUCGGACAGCGCCUUGUACAGCGUGGACUCUCUGCUUGCUUUACUUCGGAGGGCUUUGCAGAGCGCAGCAGGGGCCAUUGACUUGUCCAUAGAGAUGGCAGUCAUUUGCAUUUAUCAAGACGAUACGGCUGAACAGCCCCUUGAGAAGGGGUGGAGGGGCAGCCCUUGUGCACCAGAGACCUCGGGGGCUUUUGAAUUGCCCACAAGUUGGGCUGGCAAGGCCAAGGCGGCCGUGGGGGCCCCAGGCUGGGGCGGGGGAGAGGCAGACACAGAGGGAGGGCGUGAAGCCUGCGAGGGCUUUCAAAGGGACCCUCUGCGUUCUCGCAGCUUUGCUGCAGGAGAGGACCGCCGAGAAAGCCGCCGGCGGCGUCUGAAGGGGGAAUCUCGAGAGGGCUCCUUUGAAGGGGCCCCCUGUCGAGGGGCCCCUCUGAGAGGGGCCCCCGGCCAUGAUGGCAUCCCGCGGUCUCUCUGGGCUGUACGGCUGCACCUUGAAGAAGUGCGAGGCUGCGACUCUUAUGCGGGCUGCGCGCAGCUGCAGCUGGGCAGCUGCCAAGUCUCUCUGCUGCCUUCGCUUCCCCUGGAGGCUUUCACUUCGAGGGCCAGCAACAGUUGGCUCGGUGCUGCUGGACUGCUGCUGCUCAGCACUAAGGCCCCUAACGUUCACAGUGGCUGGCCUGCGCCUGUCAGCGCCACCAGUGGGCCCAUGAAAGGCUUUGUUGUGGCCCCGGCACACGGAGCAGCAGUAGCAGAGCUUGCAGCACUCCCCGCUGCUGCUGCAGCAGCAACAGCAGAAGCAGCAGCAGCAUCAGCAGCAGGGGAUGAUGGGGGGGUCAACGAUGACCCUGUCAUCAUUGGCAGAGUCGCAGUUCAGGCGCCGCUGAGUGCAGUCACCGCUAUGCAGUCGGAGGCUCACACUGAGGACUGCCUCUCGCUCUUAGCCCGGCAGCAGCAAGUUGAUGAUCCUGCAGCCGCUGCGGGUGCUGCUUCUGCUGCUGCCCUUGCUGUUCACGCCAGCGCGCCCUUUGCAGCCGCGGCGGCAGCAGCUGCGGCAGCAGCAGCGGGCGGAUGGACCCCAGGAAGGUGCAGCUGCGACAGUUGCUUCCGUGGGUGUCCUUGCAAUAGCAUCAGCAGCAGCAGCAGUCUAGCAGCACAAGCUGUUUUUGACUACGGCGUCUGUCUCUCUGUGCCGCUAGUGCUAGUCCUGGUGGGGACGGAGCACCUCAGGAUCCUGAGACUCAUAGGCGAGGCCAUUGGCCUGUAUGAGGGGGCCCCCGGAGGUCCUGGGUGUUCCAAAGUUAGGAGUCGAAGCGGCAGCAGCCGCGGUGGCAGCAGCAGCGACGGAGCGAGCAGCAGAAGAAACGGCCGCAGGAACCAGCUGGAAAGCCCAAGGGAGCUUAAAGGGGGCCUUUCUGCGUUUGGAGCAGCAACAGCAGCAGCAGCAGCAGCAGCGAACGACGCAAAAACAGCCAACGAAACAGCAGUGCGGAGCAGCAACAGCGGCGACAACGCUAGCUCGCCUGCUUCUGGCUGGAGCAGCACCCCUUGCUGCAGCAGUUCGAGCCAGCAAGGGCUGCUUGAUGAGCUUACAGGCAAUGUCAUAUCCGCUGAUGAGGGGGACGAAGACAGAGACAGCUGGCACUCUAUGGUACCCUUGGGGCCCCCAGAGACUCCAGAACUUGGGGGGACCCCCCCAGCUCGUGGCAAGCCGCUCCACGGGGCCCCCUGGUGGCGGCGCGCUGUGGCCUUCUGCCAGCCGGGGGCUCCGGCGGCUUCUCGUGAGGCGGCAGCUGCAGCCUUGGAGACUUUUGGGGGCCUCCUGGAUGCUGAGGAGACGGGGGUGUCUUUGGGGGGAGAGGUGCUGCCUUUUCCCCAGUUCGAGCAGCAGCAGCAACGGGAGCGGCUGCAGCAGCACCAGCGGCAACAGCACGGACUUCAGCGGGAACUGCAGAAAAAUAGCCAAGACGUGCAGCAGCAGAAGCACCAGCAUCUGCUUCAGCAAGGCGGGCAAGCGAAGGAGGGGCAGCAGGGGCUACUGCAGCAGCAAACGACCGAACUGACCCCGCAGCAGCAGCAUCAUGGCUCGCGUCUGGAUAAGGCCGCAACGGCUGCAGCAGUGGAGGCGCAGCAGCAACUGAGACAGAGAGGAUCAAGUAAAUCCCUUCACGGUCGCCUACGGCCUCAAGCGCACCGGCAGCAGCAGCAGGCGCAAAUGGGAGAGGCAUUGCAGGCAUGCAGCAAGGCUGUGGCUGCUGCUGCUGCUUGUGGCGCUCACAGUGAGGACCCUCAUGCUGCCUAUGCAGCUGCUUCAGAAAGCAGCAGAGCAGCAGCAUGCAGCCCUGCUGCAGUAGCUGCGGCUGGAGCAGCAGUAUCAUCGUCAGCAACAGCGACGCCUGCAGCAGCAGCUGCUGCUGCUGUCGCUCCUCGUGCUUCCUAUGCAGUGAGCAUAUCAGUUGAGUCCCUUGCUCUCCACUUUGUAGCCAGCAGCGACUUUUGUCCGCUGCUGCUGCCAGACUGCGGGCUGCCCUGGGGGCCGCACAGGGGCCCUCCAGCCACAAGACGGAAUUCCCUCGAUUGGGGGCCCCGCAGGUCAUCUGCAGAAGACCUAGGAGAGGGGCCCACGUGGGGAGGUGCUGCACAGCAGCAGGUCACGCGGCCUGCUGCUGCUGGGGAGUUCGUGGGCGCUGGGUGUCCUGCGGCGGCAGCAGCAGCGAAAGGAGCAGCAGCUGUUUCCCCCAGCUUGGUGAGAGCUUUCCUCAAGGGCGCCCCCUAUUGCCUCUUGUAUACCCCUUUGCCGUCUACGCACAUCAUGUCUCUCAGUGUCUCAGAUUUCUCCGUUUCCGUCUUCUCGCCGAACUGCAGCAGCAGCAGCAGCAGCGGCGGCUGUGGACCUGCGUCUGCUGGCUGCGCAUUUCCUGAUACGGUGCUCCUGAUGCCCAAGGCACCGCCGGCUGCUGCGUGCGCUGCAGCAGCUGCAGCCGCGCCUAGAGCAGGCUCUCAUGCUGGCAUUGCAGGGGGCAUUCCUCCGCACAAUUUGCUGAGCCAGCAACAACAGCAGCAGCAGAUGCAGCAGCAGCGGCAGCACCGAGAGCAGGCCCUCCCUGUCUGCGUUAUACAAAGCGUCGUCUCUAUCGGCCAGUGGGCUCUUCAGUUUUUUGAGGCAAAACGGCCUAGGGCCAGAGCUGCUUCGCCAGAAGCCCCCGGGGGUCUUCUGACAAGAGUUUGGAGCUGCUUAGACAAACUGAAUGGGCAGACCACGGCUCCUGAGAGACACGAAGUGCUCGUUGCUGAUGCAGCAGCAGCAGCAGCAGCAGCGGGCGCCGCAGCAAACGCUGCAGGGAACGCCUCAGAAGACGCCGAAGCAGCCAGGGACACUGAGGAUGUUGUUUCUCUCGAGUCCCUGCCUGUUCCUUCUGCUUUGCCGAGCUCCAGCAGCAGCCGCACCAGCAAGUCCAGCAGCAAGUCCAGCAGCAACUGCAGCAGCAACUGCAGCAGCAACUGCAGCAGCAACUGCAGCAGCAACUGCAGCAGCAACUGCAGCAGCAACUGCAGCAGCAACUGCAGCAGCAGCUGCAGCCGCAGCAAAUGCAGCAGCAGACUCAGCAGCGCUAGCAAACAGAGCAGUGGAAGCGCUGAGACAAGUGGCUUGGAUGCGGAUUGCCUCCAAAGAGGCGAGGGCCCUGAAGGCUCUAAAGGGCCCCUUAGGAAGGACGAGCUCGCAGAUUUGAAGGGCAGUGUUGCUGCAGCAGCAGAAGGCAGCUGCAACAGCAGAAUGGCUACAUGCCAGAGCGCGCGUGUCAAAUCACCCCACUCGAAAGUGCCAGUGGCAGCAGCAUCAGAAGGGCUAGCAGGAACGGAGCAGGCUGUUGACACUAGCAGCAAUAGCAGCAGCAGCAGCAACAGCAGCUGCCAAACACAGAGCAGCAGCAGCAGCAGCAGCGGCAUUAGCAGCUGCAAGUGCAGCAGCAGCAAAAGCAGCAGCCUCCAGAGCAGCAGCAGGAACAGUGAGGGCAGCAGCAGCGAGGGGAGCAGUAGCCGUGAAGACAGCAGCAGCAAGCCUGAAACAUCAAAUGGCAGGAAAGUUGAAGACGGAGAAGAAGCCGCAAAGAGCCCUGCUGCGGGCGCCGCUCGUUUUUCAUCGCCAGCAGCAGCAGCAGUGAAAGCAGCGACAGCCACAAAGCAAGGUGCUUCGGGAGCAGCAGCAGACAGCGAAAAGGUGAAUACACCCGUCUCAAGCGGCAUCUCAUAUGCUGUUGUGAGAGGGCGCCGAGGGCGAUCUUCAGCCGCAGCAGCAGCCAGAGCGGCGGCAGCAGCAAGAGCAGCAAAAGCAGCAGAGGGAGUCAGCAGCACCAAAGGGAAAGGCCUAAAGCAUAAGGAACUCGACUCGGACGCUGCCGCUGCAGCCUCGGUGGCAGCAGCAGCAUCAGCAGCACUUACUGCCGCUACCUCAUCUGUUGGGAAGAAGCAAGGGGCAACGCUGCAGCAGCCUGGAGGAAGGCGUAGCAUCAGCACGUUCGUCUCUCCCCAGUGCAGCAGGACGCCAGAGGCCGGCACUCCGGAAGUGGCUGCAUCAGAAGCAACAGCAGCAACGAAACCAGGAGCAGCAGCCAAGGCAGCAGCAGCAGGGCGGAAGAAGGCCGGCAGAGAUUUCGCAAAGUCUAAACAGGGCAAGCCUGCAGCAGCAGCAGCAGAGUUGCCAGCAGCAGCUGCAGCUCCUGCUGGCGCUUCUGUGGGCUUCGCGUUGUCGCGGGGCUCCGCCAGUGAUAGAGAUAGUGAGGAAGCUCUAUGGAGUGGUUUGUUGGGGGGAGAAGUGCUCGACGACCCGCUGCAAGCUGUUCCCCAGCAGCAUCAGCAGGCAGCUGCUGCUGCUGCGCCAGCAGCAUCACUAGGAGCAGCCGAAGAAGGUGCAACGAGCGAACAGGGGCUACCAGGAGCACCCCGAGCAGUAACAGCAACAGCAGCAGCAGUAGCAGCAGCUGUGAGACUUGUAGGCGACACUUCUUCUCUUUUUAGUUGCUUCACUCAGACUCGAGAGACCAAGGCCCCAUUGUUCACUGCUGUUUCGUCAAACUACAGCAGCAGCAGCGUGUCUUCCGUGUCCCUCAAGGACGGCAGCAGCAGCAGCGGCGGCAGCGGCCUCCGUGAUAUGCAGCAGAUGAAAUCGCUAACUCUUGAAGAGCUUACGGAGGUCCUUCAAGCUGCAACAACUGGGGGCGCACUUUGUGGGGCCCUGGAUGAGUACAAAGCCCACGUGCUGCUCUUUGGGGCCAGAAGAGAGGCGCUGGCAAGCACGAAACAGGGCGAUGCUGCAGUGGAAGCGGAAGCAGCAGCAGCAGCAGUGGAGAGCCAUUUGCAUAGGCAGGGGCGUCGGACCUGCGAGCUCAGGAGGCACCACCCAUUCAUCUCUCGCAGCAACAGCAGCUGUGGCAGCAGCUGCCGCAGCCGCAGUGACUGCAGCAGGAACAGCCCUUGUUGCUGCAGACGCCCAGGGGCCCCUUCUCCAGGCCUUAGGGCCUCACAUGAGCAAUGCUGCAGCAGCAGCAAAGGAGAAGCAGGAGGCUGGAGGGAGUGGCCGGAGUCCGAGGCAGGCAUGAGUCUCUCUGGUGUCUUUCCGUGUGCAGAAUACCACUCUCCCACACAUAGAAGAUAUAGCAGCAGCAGCAGCAGCAGCAGCUUGGGUUUGUGGGUCAUGAGAGUACCAGAGGGGUUGGAACGAUCAGUGCCAGACAGCGCUCUCGUGGCUCCGGUUUGCGCGCCCAUUCCGUUCAAUCGUACGCCGCCGAAAGCAGCAGCAGCAGCAGCAGCAGCAGCUGGGGACUAUGGAUGUGUUCUCUCGAGCUGUAAGAGCGAAGCUGAGAUUGGGCUUCCGGUAUCCAAAGCCUUCAGAGAGGAGCCAUUUUGGGAUGUCGAGAGAGCGGCAAGUAGACCAUUGGUCACACUACGGACCUGCUACUUCUUUCACCCUUUGCUGCAGAUGCCUCCAGCGGUGCUGCAGUGUACAGACAUCAUUGGGGCUGCCAGCGUCGCUUCAGGGCUCCACAGCGUUUCUCCCCUUUCAGCAGGAGCAGAAGCAGCUGAAGCUAUUAAUCCGGCCAGUGCGUUUUCUGUAAGUCAGGCGGUUCAGGCAGACUCCGCACCAGCUGCGUCUGUUGCUGCUGGAGCGGCUGCUGCAGCAGCUGCUGCAGCAGCUGCUUUGUGGACAGAUUUAAGCAUCGAGGCCGUCAUUGGUCAGCUUCCCCUUGACGCUCUAGGGGAGAUCUUACAGGUCUGUUACAAGGCUUCCACUGCUCUGUUACCGGCGCACGGUGCUGCAGCGGCCGAUGCUGCUGCUGCAGCACAACGUUCGGACUGCACAGCAGCAGCAGCAGCAGCAGCGGGGCAAGCAGAACCGCCCUGUCUUGCGGAGAAGCUGCCUGUAUUUUGGGGAAUGUCAUUAUCCUGUUUGCGUCUCCACAUCGGGGCUGUUGACAACACUGAAGCAAGAACACGGCCUUUAGCAGGAGGAGAAGCAGAGGCAGCAGCAGCAGCAGGGCCUGCAGCAUUGGCAGCAACAGCAGCUCCAGCGAAGAAACAGACUAUGGAGGCCGGCAAAGCUUUUGGAAUGCGUGAAAAGGACUGCGGCAUCAACACUUGCUGGGGCAACAGCAACAACAGCAGCAACAGCGACAGCAGCGACGACAGAAGCAGCUGCAGCAGUACCUGCCUUGUCGUAGAUGUUUGCUCCGUGAAAGCCUCCUACUGCCCAGGACGCAGGCUCUUGAGCAGCAGCAGAAGCGACAGGAACGACCGCAGCAGCAGCAGUCUCACCAGCAGCAGCGCCGCGGGAGAUGUAGAGUUGCUUCGGCCUUGCCAAGCGUCCCUGUUCCUGGAGCAGCACGUGUGCUGCUUCUUGCUUUACAAAGAAAGUGAGCAGCAGCAGCUGCUACGGUUCCGGAAGCAGCCGUGGGUGCACAGGCUUCUGUUUGCUACCUGUGUGCCCAGCGACUCUGCGAGGGACCACUCACGGGCAUCUCUUGGGGGCCCCUUGGCCGAGGGGGCCCCCUGUAGGGCCCAAUUAGCAACAAGUGCUGCGGGCGAACUUCUGGGUGCAGCUCCGGCUGGCCCGAAGGCCCGCUUUGUGCCGCUUCUGGCGAUGCUGACAACUCCAGCCCCGUCGGUCUCGUACGAAUGCCUUGACCUAGUCGCGUACAAAACUCCUGCAGCAGCAGAUGCAGCAGCAGAAGCAGCAUCAGGAGCAGCAGCACGCGCGCCGCCAGCUGCUACGGUAAGUCGAGCGGUCUCAAGCCCUUCUGAGCCCGUGCUUGCUGCCACGGCUCCUGCUGAAGCCACAGACAGCGAAGCGAGGUGGUGGGCGGGAGCUGCAGAGCAGCAGCGCGAGCUGCGCUGCGCGCAGCAGCAGCAGCUGCUGCUGCCGCAACAUGCAUGUGAAGUGCUGUCGCUGCACGUGCCUUUUGUUGAGGCGUCUCUGGACUCCGACGCAGUGGCCCCCUUGGGGGCCUUCCUGCGCAGUAUCUCGUCGACUAUUGAGGCCCUUAGGAGAGACACGGAAAUGCUAGUUGAUGCAGAGCAGCAGCAACAGCAACUGCAGCAGCAGCAACUGCAGCAGCAGCAACUGCAGCAGCAGCAGAGAGAGCCGUUGUGGAGGCGAUUGCUGUGCACGCCCGGCAGCAGUAUCAACGUGUCGCUCGGGGCCCUUUCCCUAGAUUGCUGUUUAUAUUCCGACUGCGGCAGCAGCAGCAGAAAUAUUAGCAACAGCGGCGAACUGGCAGGCUCUUACGGAGGAGCUGUUUCAUCAGAAGGCUUUGCUUCGGGAAAUGCAGCAGCAGCAGCAGCAGGAGCAACAGCAGCAAUGCCGGUAGCCCGGUGCCCCACUUGCAGCUCUGGGGUUUACAUCGAGUUAGGAAGGCUUAUUUGUUCCUUGUCGUGCCUUCCGCGUUUGCCCGCCACAGCAGAAGCAGCAGCUGGAGCAGCAUCAGCAGCAGAUGUAAGCAACCGUCUGCUGGGGUCUCUCUCCCUAGGCAGUUUAGCUGCCUUCUGCUGCUCCGAGCCUGUCCUUUACACAUGGAGGGCUUCUCUAUACCACGGCUGCAGUUCCCCGCGUGGCGUGGCAGCAGCAGCGGCUACAGCAGCAGCAGCUGCUGCUGCAACAGUGCGUCAAGGGCCCUCAGCUGCGACGACUGAUGGAGCUCCACAAGGCGUUCCAGUUCAAGAACGAGACUGUGUCCUUUCAGUACUGGCCGAAGCGUGUGUCCUCAAGGCAAUGGGCAGACGCGGCGGCGGCAGCAGCAACAGCAGCGGCAGCGGCGGCUGCAGGAGGGCUUGUGUCUCUGUGGAAACGGCAAAGGCGAACAUGGAGUGCCUCGUGGCUGUCUGCAGUUCACUGGCGCUACAAGGUGCAGCGGCGGCACUUUCUGUUCUUGAGCGGUGUGCUGUGGCUGCUCCGGCCCGCGAGCAACAGCAGCAGCAGCAGCAGCAGCAGCAGCUACAACAGCUGCGGGAAGAUAGAGAACUGACAGUGUCAUUCGAGGCCCUCCGUCUCAAGGCCAGCGUGUACCAGAGUUUGCUGCUCUUCCCACGCCCUUCAGAAGCUCUUCAAGGUCCAGUAGGCCCUCCACGAGCAGCAGCAGCAGCAGCAAGCACAGCUGCUGCCCCAGUCGCAGCAGCAGCAGCUCUCCACGGAAGCCCCCCUGAGUGGGAAGGGGCCUCUGAUGGGUCUGCAGCGGCGCCCCCAGGCUGCGGGGCGGAGACGCCUCUCAACUUGGAGGGGUCGGGGUGGCUGGCUGUGAUGCACGUAGAUGCUCUUAAAGUUGAAUUGCGGCAGCAGCAGCUGCAAGAGCAACAGCAGCAGCAGCCGCAGAAGGGGAAAGAGCCAGCUUCCAAGCGGGGAGCCACUGCCGCCGAAACGGACACGGCGACGUCAGGUGCAGCAGCAGCAGCAGCAACAGCAGCAGCAGGCUUGCUUCUGGGGCUUCACUGCAGCUCUCUAGAGCUGUAUCUGCUAGAUGAGGGGACUCGCUUGUGCAGUUUAGCAGUGGAGGCUGGAGUGUCGCUGCAGCAGCUGUCGCUGGUGCCACUGCCCUCUCCGCUGAUAAAUAGGCCUUUUGGUGUUUAUGGGGGGCCCAGGGACCCCUCAAACGCCUCUCACAGCUGCAGCUGUUCCAAGAGCUGCUUUAGAAGAGACAAUAGGCUCAUUGGCAGCUCAAGCGACAAGGCGAGAGCAGCAGCAGCAGCAGCAGCAGCGGCGCCGGCAGCGCCAGCAGCAGCAGCAGCAGCAGCAGCAAGCCACAGAGAGCCCGUGCCAGCUCUUGUCUUCAGGGCAGACGCAGCUGCUCCCCUGUUGCCUCUCUGCGGCUUAGCGCGGCUGCUGGUGGCUGAUGACUUAGCGUGUUCAGUCCUUCUGCCAGCGAGCCCUUGCGCCCAGCGCUCUCCGGGGGGCCCCGUUGAGGCGCCCCUCUCCCUAGGGGGCCCCCGUGGGCCCCCCGGGGGCCCCUCUGGGGCUUCUCGGGGGCACCUGCGGUGCGGGGCAGUGGACGGUGUACUCUGUCCAGACAGCCUGCGCUGCUUCUUGUUUGUUUCCGCGGACUUGCAGUACUUGCUGUCUCUGCCGGAGCCGCCCCCUGCAGCAGCAGCGUUUAUGCGUUCCUGCUCCCAGUUUCUUGCAGCUACAGGACUAGGGGCCCCCCAGGGGCCCCACCAAGAGGCCCCUGCCACUGACUUAGGCGCUGAGGCCUCUGCAGACCACCAGAAGGGCUCUCAAGAGUCCCGUGAGGAGCGGCCAGAGGGCGGCUUGGGGGGCCCCCUGCAACCGGCCCUCCAUGCCAAGCCCCGGGGGGCCCCACAAGAGGUCAACCUCCUCGCAGGGGUCGAUUUGGGGGCCUUCCUUACAGACGGAGAGGAAAGGGCCCCCCCCAUUGGGAGGCCCCGAGCAAGUUUUCAUGAAGACUCGAUGGGGCUGUACCCAGCAGUGGCCCUCCCUGCCUUUGCAGGGACCUCUUCUUCUGUCGCAGCAACGGGAGCAGCAGCAGCAGCAGCAGCAGCAGUGGUAGCCUCUCCUGCUCCAGCAGGCCUGCCGAGAAGCUCCAACGUCGCGCUCAUUAGAGAUUACGUGGCUGCUGCCCCCAGUUUCCCUGCGGCUGGAGAUGCCGCUGGCUCGCCCGGACCAAUGGUCACCGGGCAGUGCGGGAAGGCAGCAGCUGCGAGCGCUGCAGCAGAAGCAGCAGAAGCAUCGGCGCACACUGCAGCAGGCUUGAAGGAGGCUCUCGUAUCGGCAGCAGCAGCGGGGGAAGCAGCUGCAGCAGCAGUAGCAGCAGCGCAAGACGACGACAGCGACAGCUCCGAGUCCUCUUGGGAGGCAGCAGAAGGGAAACCCACAGCUCCAGGGGCCCCUCGAGCGGGCCGCAGGAGGGGCCCCAGGGGGUGCGCAGCAGCAGCAAUUCAGGAACUGAAGGAGGCGGAUGAGGCAGCCAGGGCCCUCGUCAUAGAGCUCUACCGUCCAGAGGGUGGAAGCCCAGCAGCAGCAGCUUCGCCUCGAGUGGGAGAAAGCGGCGAAGACAGGGAUGCUGCAGACAGCAGCAGCAGCAGCAGCAGCAGCAGAAGCAGAUGGCCUGUGACGGUUUCUGUCACAGCAGAGGACCACUUCAAGCCUCCCGUGGACGCCUUGCCCUUCGACAGCCCCGUUGGGGGCCCCCUUGGGGGCCUCCCAGCCGGCAAACGGAAGGCCCCCAGCGAGCGCACCAGCAGCCUGCCUGUGGGGCCUCCACUGGAUGCUCAGAAAGGACCUUGGGGACCCCAGCUGAGGCAGAGGGCCCUCGUGGAGGAGCCCGAGACAGGCACUGUGCGCGAGGCCCCCUGGGGGCCCCUCUUGGAGGUCGAAGUUGCGGAGGCGCGCAUUACUUUGUCACAGGACCCGCACUUUUCGAACGGAAGUCCCUCGACUCUGGGACUCAGAGCAGAUUUGCUGCGCCUUUGCUUGAGCAACACCAGCUUGAUCGUAGCCUGCAGCAGCAGCGACAGCAGCAGCAGCUGCAGAAGCAGCAGGGGUGGAGUGAGCCGGUUCUUCGGCGUCACUGUGAGGGACUUGAACGUGGAAGAUCUUGUUGAAGGAUCUUCAUUUGGGCUGCUGCUAAGGUAUCACGAAGAUGAGAUUGUCCGCCCGCGGCCCACCACUUUGCCUAUGGUGACUUGCCUGGCCACGGAGUACUAUCUUCCGCAGCAGCACCAGCUGCUGAUUCCGCAACUGCAGCAGCAGCAGCAAGAGCAGCCGCAGGUGGAGUACGACGUGGACAUGAAAGUGUUGCCUUUUGCCCUGUCGCUGCACCAGUGCACUGUCGACGCCGUCGCAGCUUUCAGCGAGCAGCUGCUGAUGGCCGGGGCUGUAGAACUCCCCCCUUCGCGCCUGCUGCCUGAUGAGGGGCCCCCUCCCUGGAGCUGCAGCAGGAGGGGUACCCCUUCUGCGGGGGCCCCCAGGGAGCGGGCGCGCAGCCGCAGUAGUGGGGCCUCGCCCUCCACUUCUUAUUCUUUCUCACGGCCGGACAUGGACAGGCUGUACCAUCGCCACCACGGCCGCCAGCACCAGCACCAGCACCAGCGCGCGCACCCGCACAGGCAGCAGCAGCAGGUGCAGCAGCAGCAGCAGAGGACGCAGAUGCGCAGGAGAGUUGAUCACUCCAACUUCGACUGGGGCCCCCCGGCAGCAGCAGUGAACCCUUUCGAGGUCCUAGUGUCACCAAGGGGGCCCCCCCGGGGCCCAACAAUGGGGCCUUCUUGGGGCUCCUCAACGCAACGGCAUCAUCGCCAGGGAGGCCUCUGCAGCAGCUGCAGCAGCGGCGGGAGCUGCUGCUGCAGCGAGUCCCCCCGCCGCAUGCAGCGGACGCCGUCGUUUGCCCUGUUAAGUACCCUUCGCAGCGCCUCCUGUGCAACUGUGGCUGGCGUGGAGGGGGGACGGGCCCUCUGCGUGGGGGGGCCCCCGGGGGCCCCUAGUGACGUUUUCAUUCGGUCUUUUCGGCUGUCAGCUCUUCUGAUCAAGAUCGACUUCGCCGCAAGGCCUCCAAACCCCAGCGGAAUUUGUCGGGGAGACCUGCGGGAGCUGCUCAACCUCUUUGCUUCGUGCUGCAGGUUUGAGGGUAUUGAGGUGGCAGUGCCUUCUCAGGUGUUGUGCGACAUUUCUUCUGUUGAACGUCUCUUUAACAAAAUCGCCGCCCACUGGGUGGCGAGUGUCAGCAGGGCUGCAAUGAUGCGAUGCAUCAACAGCGUUGCGCCUCUAAAUGGCCUGCUGAGGGGCGGCCGCACAAUCCGCAGUUGGCUGCUGCGGGUGUUCCGGCGCCGCCGCGGCUGGGCUAGGAGGCCGCGUGGGGGCCCCCUAGGGAUGCCCCCAGCGCAGCGAGCUGCUGCUGCGCUGCAGCAGCUGCUGGCGUCAGUAGAUGCUCCGGGGUUGGCGCUGCUGCUGGCUAAGAAUGUCGCUGCUGCUGCAGCCAGUGCAGGCUUCGAGGGACUGUGCCUUUCGGAAAGAGCCCUGAGAGGCCUUCAUUCGCUGCUGUACUUGCUCGACCGCGCCUACACUCCUGGCAGCUGCCCGCCCUACCCGUCUGCAACAUUCCGCACCCAUGAGGCCUCUUCGGCGGAUGGGGGCGCCCGAAGCAGCUGGGGAGGUCCUGGGGCUGCUGAGAGCAGCAACGAAUGGGCAGUCGUGCAGCUGGGCGCGGAGGGGCUCUAUGAGCCCGAGGGCGUGGUUGCAGGGCUAGGGGACGCGUGUCGGUGCGUGUCUCGCGGCUUUUCCUCUGCGCGAGACGUGUGCCUGCGUCUGUACACUCCAAACUGCUUGGGGCCCGAAGCCCUCCAAAUCGCCGGCCGCGUUUUCCCCGCGUUGAUUUUGCGGCCUCUUUUGGGUUUCUCAGAGGGCUGCACCCGCGCAGUGCAGGUGAGCUGGCAUUGGGAGCCUUCGUAG